CCUGUUUCCUUACCUUAAAGCAAUUAAACAGAAGACAUUGUUGUGAUGUUGUUAAGGGAGGUCGGCCCCACUCCGGACCCUGACUCGGCAGCAUGGAGCUGGUCCAGGACACCUCCCGCCCGCCACUGAAGUAUGUGAAGGGGGUGCCUCUCAUCAAGUACUUUGCAGAGGCAAUUGGGCCACUGCAGAGCUUACAACCCAGGCCCGAUGACCUGCUCAUCAGCACCUACCCCAAAUCUGGCACCACCUGGGUGAGUGAGAUUCUGGACAUGAUCUACCAGGAUGGCGACUUGGAGAAGUGUCAGAGGGCUUCCAUCUUAACCCGGGUGCCCUUCCUUGAGUUCAAGUGUCCAGGGUGUCCCACAGGUGUGUGGUGGGGUGCUGGAGGCCAGUGAGGUGGAGGGAGGGAGGACC